UGCACUCUGAGAUGCAUCAACUUAAGCAAUCACCAUUUAUGUAACCAAAGUUCAUGUUGAAGGUGACUAAAAAAAUCCUUAUCAAUUAUAUCGAUGGCCUUUUAGGAGGAUUCCUAGAGAGUUAAAAAGACUAAGGAGUCCUUAGUAAGGACGUUCAAAGCUAAUGUUGCAUCCUUUGAAAGCAUUUCUCUUCUCAAUGUGUCCUAGGGUCCAUCAAACUCUAGCUUCCCUAGGGGCUUUGUAGUUUAGUUUCUUGUCUUUUUGUAUCAAAUGUGCUUUCGAUAGAUGAUACGCUCAAGUCCUCGUGCUGUUCUUGAAACCACAUAUAGGCUUGUUCUAUCAAAAUCCACACACAACUUGGCCACAUUAGAACACACUUGCUCUGAUCUGUUACGUACAUGUGCCCAAUCCUCCAACUUACCCAAUGGCAGAGCAAUUCAUGCAAAACUCUUCAAAGGGUCUCUGCCCUUUUCGCCGUUCCUUCAAAAUCAUCUACUCAACAUGUAUGUCAAAUGUGGCCAUCUCAACAAUGCCCUCCAACUGUUCGACGAAAUGCCUGAGAGAAAUGUUGUGUCUUGGUCUGUGCUCAUUAAAGGGUUUGUGCAACACGGCUGCCCCAAUGAAGCCCUGUCUUUGUUUGGUCGUAUGCACAGGGAUGGCACCACCAUGCCCAAUGAGUUCACAUUGGUCAGCUCCCUCCAGGCAUGCUCCUUGUGUGGGAAUCUGACUCAAGCUUACCAGGUUUACGCAUUCAUUGUUCGUCUCGGGUUCGAGUGGAAUGUGUUCCUCACUAAUGCGUUGUUGACUGUUUUAGUAAGACAUGGUGAACUAACAGAGGCUCUGCAAGUGUUUGAGAACUGCCCCAAUAAAGAUAUAGUGUCUUGGAAUGCUAUCAUGGCUGGCUACUUGGAGUAUGAUUGUUCAGAAGUAGCUGCAUUCUGGUGGAGAAUGAAUCGCGAGGGAGUGUUGCCCGAUAGCUACACAUUUUCGAGUGUGCUCACUGGGUUGGCUGCUGUCACUGAUCUUAAAAUGGGUGUGCAGGUUCAUGCACAGCUUGUGAGGUAUGGCCAUGGGGCGGAGAUUUGCGUGGGGAAUUCCCUGGCUGAUAUGUAUAUUAAAAAUCAUCAGUUGCUGGAUGGUUUCAAAGCUUUUCAUGAGAUGCCUUUCAAAGAUGUGUGUUCAUGGACUGAAAUGGCUGCUGGCUGCCUGCAAUGUGGGGAACCAAGCAAAGCACUCGAGGUUAUUGCUCAAAUGAAGAAAGUUGGGAUACAGCCAAACAAGUUCACACUUGCAACUGCCCUGAAUGCGUGUGCCAAUCUGGCUUCGUUGGAGGAAGGGAAGAAAUUCCAUGGUUUGAGAAUUAAACUUGAAACUUGUACUGAUGUGGACGUCUGCGUAGAUAAUGCUCUGCUGGACAUGUAUGCAAAAUGUGGAUGCAUGGAUGGUGCACGGAGUGUUUUUGAGUCGAUGAAGUAUAGUUCUGUAGUCUCAUGGACCACAAUGAUAAUGGGGUGCGCACAAAAUGGGAAGGCUAGAAAAGCUCUUGAGAUUUUUGAUAAGAUGAGGCUGCAGGAAGGCAUUGAGCCAAAUUACAUCACCUUUAUUUGUGUGCUUUAUGCAUGUAGCCAAGGAGGGUUUAUUGAUGAGGGAUGGAAGUACUUUGCCUCCAUGACUCAAAACUAUGGCAUCACGCCAGGAGAAGACCAUUAUGCAUGCAUGGUUGAUCUUCUAGGCCGAGCUGGACGUAUAAAGGAAGCUGAGGAAUUGAUCAAGAACAUGCCUUUAAGACCAGGUGUUUUGGUUUGGCAGACUUUGCUUGGUGCUUGUCAGCUACUUGGGGAUACAGAAACAGGAAAGCGUGCAGCAGAGCAUGCAUUAGAGAUAAACAGAACAGAGCCGUCAACAUAUAUAUUGCUAUCAAACAUGUUUGCUGGUUUGAGCAAUUGGGACAGCGUCGGGGUGCUGAGGAAACUAAUGGACUCUAGGGAUGUAAAGAAAUUGCCUGGAUCCAGUUGGAUUGAACAUUGAAGUAGAAGAAAGAUUGCCUUUAGCUAACACUUGAAUAAGAGUAGCUUUCGAGGAUGGAAUUUCAGUCAGUUUUGGUCAAGAAAGUAUCAUGAUCCAGUUUUCUAGUAUUAAUAAUAGAAGCUGUACAAUCAGAGAAUAGUUUGUUGAUCUUUUCAAAAGGUGAUUGAUUGCUGAUGCGCAGAUAAACUUUUUGAUUAAAAUAGUCUUAGAGAGCUCUUCUAUUCAAGCACACAGAUGACCCUUUUCAAAGCUUGCCCACUUCUUCUAGACUCAAGAGAGGAUAUUUCUGCUGCCUUGAGCAAUUGGAUUGGCACAGUCUCUUGUGAUUGGUUUAGGGACAAGUUGAAGCAGAGGGAUGGAUGAGGAUGGACGAGGCUACCAAGAAGCCUAUCGAGGUGAUGGCUUUGGAGGCUGCUGGGCAAGGUUUUGAUUUGAGCAGUGAUUUCAGGUUGGAAGUUUUCCAAAGGAUAUGAUGGGACUAAUGGAAAGUUGGUGGUUCUAAACAAGGCUAGUAAGAGGGACAUUUUCAUUGCUAUGGUAGUGGUGAGAGUUCCUGAGGAAAUUCAUUGCAAAAAGGGGAUUAAAUCCGCUUCGAAUCUGAUGUUCUCGAAUUCAUCAGGUAGCUCUUCAGUCUUUCUUUCUUUGUGUAGCAUUGUUUUGUCAGGAGAGUUUCAUCCAUUGUACAAUGCAAAUUCCAUGGCUAUUGUGCUACUGCUUCCCUUAUGUUUGCUGUCUGCAGUGAGUACUAGAACUAUGGUGCCCAAAAAACUUUUACAUUGACUUCUGUAAUUUAUCAAGUGCAUCAAGUUGAAUGCUAUUACUUUGUGAAAUCCAAUCUGAGCUUGUUCG